AUGCUAUUCUGUGGCAAUUGCAGCUGGUGCUUGGGUGUUUGGGUGUUUCCUGUGCUGUGGUGUAUGUAUAGUUUCACAGGUCGUCAUCAAAUGCAUAUAUUCCCACCUCAGAAGUGCAACACAAUUCCCUACACACCAAAGCAAAAUGGCGUUCAGGGUGGUGUUGACGAAACUGGCCACAAGCCCAUUGUCUGCCUUGAGACCAACAAGGAGUUUGCUGAGAUUGCUCACAGCGAUUUUGUGGACGCCGGUGUCGAGGACUACAUUGAGGUUAUUGUUGGCGAUGCGAACCAGAGCUUGGCACAGCUACAGGAUGUGUCGUUCGAUAUUGUUUUUAUCGAUGCGGACAAGAUGUCGUAUGUGGGCUAUUACGAAACAAUCAUUGACAAUGGUCUGCUCAACAAGAGCGGCACCUUCAUCAUUGAUAAUACGGCGCUUGAGUCUGUUGUUGCGUAUAUCGACGCACCGGUGCCAGUGAGUCCGGACUAUGAGCCUUUGUGCUUGUCAUACGACAUGUAUAAAACUGGAAACGAGUGGGCUCCCAAACUGCACGAGUUCAACGAGCAUAUACGUAAUGACCCGCGCGUCGAGGUGGUCAUUCUUCCUCUUUUCACUGGAAUCACCCUUGCACGUUUGGUCAACUAGCUCCUUUUCUCAUGCAUGGAAACACUGCGAACAAGCAAACUAUCGCAGAAUCAUCCACCACUAUAUUAACCAAAUAAAUGACUUGCAGAGCUAGA